AUGUGGGAAAGAGGUGCCUACGACAAUACAAUAAAAGUAAUAUCAGUGGAAUCAGGGAAACUGAUCAAAUCAUUCGAUAUUGAGGGCAAUGAUCCUGAAAACGUACGAUUCUGUAAUAAUGACGAAACGCUGAUUGUUACCUGUGAUGAUUUUGCACUGGCAGUACGAUGCCAGACGGGGCUGAAACAAUAUACUCUGAAGUGGAAAGAUAAAGGAACUGUUGGUAUUUGUGGUGAAAAUAAAGAAAUGAUAGGAGUAUUUGGAGGAACUAUGGUUGUAUUACAUGAUGCUGCUACUGGAAAAAUGCCCAAAGCUGUAGAAUGUGAUUUUAUGAAAGAGAAGGAAUUGUCGUUUGCUACAGACUUUCCGUGCGUAGGUAGAAGUAAACGGUAUAUAUGGGCCACGCUUGAUGAUGAUAACUAUAAGAGAUUGUCAGCCAGUUUCUACAUAAUCAUUACCAAUAUCUUCGAAACUUACAAGAACUCUGAUGGAGAUGAUACACAAGAUACGGUCAAUGCAAUGGUUAUAUCCCUAGAUUGUCAACAUAUCAUUGUGUCGACGAUGAAAAAUGACCUUUUGAUAUAUGACAUCACCAACAUGGAACUGGUCCGACAAAUACAAGUUAAACAUUCGCGAAAGGGAUUACGUCCUCCAACACUAACACUUGUCAACGUACGCCUAUAUUCAGAUUUAUGUAAACGGUCGAGAGUUACCGAAUGA